AAAGCGGUCCGUUCUGUUCGUUGGCAGUUUGAAUAUUUGUGUCUCCGAGAGGUGGUGGCGUGCGUUAGCAAGUUCCCAUUAAAAAAAAAGCAAAAGCGUGCCGACGAAGCUUGCAGUUGAUAUUGAAAACGAUAUAAUGGUCCGUCUGCAAACACAGGCUAAAGCCGCUCUGCGCCAAAAGGUGAAGAACGUUCUCGAUUCGAUGACGACGGCAGCUAGGGCAGCCCAAUCCGAACUCAUUACCCAAAAGAUCUUACAGCUUCCACUUUUCGAGCGCAGUCAAAGGAUCAGCAUUUACUUGAGCACCGAGCGAGAGGUUUCCACCGUUUCGCUACUGAAAGAGCUGUUUCGACUCAACAAGGAGGUUUUUGUUCCGACCUACAACCGGACAGCAAUGCGGAUGGUGAAACUGAAUGACAUGGCCGACUACGACGGUCUGCCGAAAACCAGCUGGAAUAUCAAGCAGCCAAACUUCGAUGAUGUCACCCGGGAGGAUUGUCUAGCAGCAACAGUUGGUCUCGAUCUGAUCAUUCUGCCCGGAGUGGCCUUCACUCGCAACGGCGCUCGUCUGGGUCACGGCGGAGGCUACUACGAUCGCUAUUUACGUGAAUAUUUCAACAAAUUUCCAGCGAAAAAAACAGGCAAAAAGACUUACCUCGUGGGAGUGGCAUUUCGUGAACAAAUCCUUUCCGAAGGGUUACUGCCGACCGAUCAGCAUGACAUUCCUCUAGAUAUGGUCGUCGAGCCGGAAUUCGAAUGUGUCAAUCGCUAACGGGAAAUGCUUUUGUUUUUCUUUCAGAAAUAAAUUAA